AUGGCUCAUCAGGUGGAAGCUCGACUUCCAGUCGCCAUUGUUGUCGGCGUCAAUAUCCCGAGCGGUAAAUUCAAGAAAGAGCUUGCUCUGAUUGACAGGCCUUCCAUCAUUGCUGAGGGCGCGGUUUCUGGAUCGAUUGGCCUUGACGGUGGUUCGGUGGGGACGACCGAUGGCUGCAAAGGUAUUGCGACCAAAAUCAGUCUGAAGAACAAGAUGUGGGCUGAGAUUCCGGGACUCAAUCCGUUUGUCCUCGCAGAUAUGGAUCCCAAGCAAUUGGCUGAGAAGUGUAUCCCCUUGGGUGAUCAAUCAGGCGGGGGAGGCACCGGCCCGACUGACCCAAAUGAUCCAACGAACCUGACCGAUCCCACCGAUCCCGCGGACCCAACCGGCUCGACCGACCCUACUGGUCCAACUGGUCCAACUGACCCGACUAACCCGACAGAUCCAAUUGAUAAGCGUUCCAAAUUUGGCAAAAUCAACGCUCGCCAGACCACAAAUCCAUUGUCCCCUGGUGUCAUCGACACUACAGCCACUGACAACGCAAAUGCCACUAGAAGCACCACCGAUUAUGUGCUACCAGACCUUGGAGAAGAAUACUACAACACAACAGAUGGCUACACUGUGGCAUCCCUGAUCGACCCUGAUGAAAAAUAUCACAUCGUUCCAUGUAACGACGUAAAUGUGUACAUCUUCGGUAUCAACGAGACAGUUCCUGAAUAUGAUCGCGCAGACAUGUGGACGAUGUCGCCCAACCCUGAUGCCGGUGACGAAGCAACUGAAGAUGACCGAGUGGUGGCUGACGCAAUGGGUCGUAUACCCCAUUACUAUCCAGAGGAGAUGAGCUCGACUGGGGUGUCAAGAUUCAGAGUCAGCGACAUGGAGAAUAUCCCGAUUGACGUGGAGAACGUUUACCUUAUCAACCUAGACGCAGACGGCAAUGAGGGCAGUGAGAGCGAUUCAGAUCUAUAUUUCGCGGUGGAUGUUGGAGGCACAGGAUACUACCCGAUCAUUUGCACAUACCAGGAAUCGAAUCUGAAUGCCCGCGUAUUCUUGGCCGCUGACCCUGAUACUGGUGUGGAACUGUUGAAGAGUCCUGAUGUCAAGUACAGCAUUACAGGAGGAACGGUCAAGGACUGCUUCUUUAUGCCACUGGUGCUUGGGACAUGA